AUGCAACCACGACCUGUUGCCGAAGCAAAGACCAUACACAGUACAGGGUCUGCCUCCCCGGUGUUUAGUGCGCGCUCAUAUGAUAAAUUUUUUAAUAGUAUAUUGAUGCAACUACGUCCAUCCUUAAAAGGACCUGUUGCCGAAGCAAAGACCAUACACAAUACAGGAUCUGCCUCCCCAGUCUUAGUGAACGCGAGAAACUGUGAAGAAAACCCUAGCGGGCAGAAUUCUUGUUCCCAAUUUACCAGCUCUCUAAGUCACAUCAUGGAAGAGUGCGAAGACCCUUUGAUUGUCAACGUUGCAUGGAAUAAGCUUGAAAAUGUACGAAGUGGAAGUGAUGCGAAUUUUGACGAGUGUUUUAAAGAAUCAAUUAGUAAAGAAUCCCAACGAAAGCGCAAAGAGAAAGCUAUCUCAAGGUCUCUGGAAAACUGGUUGAAGCGUCAAAGACGCAAACGAAAAGUUCAUUUUGAGUCUUACCUCACAUCUCAAUUAGAGGUCACUGGUAGUGAAAAAUUGUCUCUAAACCAAACACAUCUACAGUUUAUCAAGCAAAAUGUUAGUAAAGUUCAAUCAAUGAUUUUUGUUAUCGAUUGUAAACACUCUAACAUUAUUCUACAUGUAAAAAGGGUCCAAGUGUUGCUAAUGAUUGUGUAA